AUUAUCGUACAUAUUAUCUGUUAUACAAUACAUGUGAUUAUUUUGCUGCCAUUCACCUAAAUUUCAAUCUGAGAUGACUAAACUUGUGCAUCGUGCUUGAGGAUCUGUAUACAGCUUGCAGCAGCAAAACUAAACUCAGCUAUUAAAAAAAAUCUUUAUUUGAAAAUCCUGCCAAGAAAAAACUUUAUUACGGCCAAGACCAUUGGAGUUCUUGUGGUUCUUAAAUCAAUAACUGGAUUAGAUACGACCACCGUGUCAACCUGAAGUUUAUGGCAGCAGAAAGCAUUGUCCGGUCUAAACAGGCUGCAGAAGCCAUCGGUGGAAUCCUUACCGAGGUUGUGUGUACAAUAUUCAGCGAUCACAUCUUUGUGGUGGUCACACAGUAUGGCAAAAUUGGGACAUUGAUCUCUGUGACUCCACAUAUUGUUGCAAAUGAGGUCGGCAAACCUACUUUUAGUACAAAAAUCUUAAUGGGGAAAGAUGAGCCUCUGAUCCACGUGUAUGCAAAACACCUUGUAACUUUCGUGUGUGAGGAGUCUGGCAACAAAUCAGUGCUACUUGCGCUGGCUCUAAAAGAUGUAAACUUGGACAAUAUUAAAUCCAUCAAACAGUUGAUUCAGAGUUGCCGACUCUGGUGAAAAUGUUUGCCAAACGUCAGCGAUGAAACAUGAGGAAGAGAAUAUUGACUACUCCACGUGAGUCAAGGACAUCAGAAUAAAAUACAUUUUACAACUCUUUUUUAACGUCAUUGGAAAAGAAGCAGUUUUAAAUUUAAAUUUUUAGUCUUUGAGUUCAACGGUGAUAUACUAACCUUUGUUGUAAGUUAAGGAUAACCAAUUGGACAGUUUGCAGGAAAUUGACACCCUACACUGACGUUAAAUAAGAUUGAUGUAUUUGCUGUACUUGGAAAUGGAGAGUCCAGAUGGAAUGCUAAUUAUGAUGAGACGAUUGGCUUUUCAUUUCCUUCUCCCCUGUUCAUGAUGAAAAAAGUAGAAGAAAAAUUACAGAAGUGUAAAUUUCAAAAAUAUUGCAAUAAAAGUAUAUGAAGGUGAAAGUCCAACAUUGUGUCAGUUGUGGCCUGUGGGUCUGAUGUUCAAUCAAUCUAUUUUUAACAAUGAAUAAACUUUUCUUUCGUGUCUGA